AUGGCUUCUGCUGGCACUGGUGGCUCUUUGCCACCCAACUUCCUCUUGACCCCGCAACAGCAGAACCUGCUCUUUGCUGCUCUCAACUCCAACAAGCAGCAGAUCUCUGCGACUCCCGCGAACAACGCCCUGUCACUUUCCCCAACUUCGUUUCACAACUCGGCCGCUCAGCCCAAGGGUGCUACGAACACGGCAUAUCAGGAGAGCCCCUUCCUUGAUAACUACGACUACGACUUUGGCGAUUCCAGCUUCGACUUCUCCUUUGCUACCGAUGAUCAGCCCUCCAUGAUUGGAGAUAUUCCUUCCGCUGCCGGCGCCGCUACCUCCAAGUCCGACUCCACAGAGAAUGAGGGUACUGAAAAGCGAAGCCACCCCGAUGAUGAGGAUGAGGAGACCAGCCCUGGAAAAGACCCUAAGCGCCGCGAGAGCACCGAAAAGGUGCCCAAGAAGCCUGGCCGCAAGCCUCUCACAUCUGAGCCCAGCUCGAAGCGCAAGGCCCAGAACCGAGCCGCCCAACGAGCCUUCAGAGAGCGCAAGGAAAAGCAUCUCAAGGAUCUCGAGACCAAGGUUGAAGAGUUGGAAAAGGCUUCCCAGGCCGCGAACCACGAGAAUGGGUUGCUUCGCGCUCAGGUUGAGCGCAUGACAUCCGAACUCAACCAGUAUAAGCAAAAGGUGUCCUUGAUGACAAAUAGCAAGGCCCUGCCCAGAGAAAAGGUUCCCUUUGGCAACGCAGCAGUCAGCAACCUCGGCGACGUCAACUUUCAAUUCGAGUUCCCCAAGUUCGGCAUGCUCCCCGGACCUCCCGCCAACAAGCCGCAGAGAUCUGGCUCAUCGCCUACAAGCCCACUCCAAAAGACCUACCCAAGCCCAUCAGGCCUCUCCAACGACUCCAGAUCACCACAGUCUCAGUUCAAGGAUGACUUGGCCAAGUUCUCGGGUGUCUUUAGUCCUUCCAUGUCAAGCUCUGCUACGAACCCUUCGCGCGCAAGCGUUGACUCUGCGGGCUAUAGUGCCAAUGGUGCCACAAGCUCGCCAUCUGCGUCGUCACACUCCAACACUGGCCCCAGCUCUUCUUGCGGGACGUCUCCUGAACCCUUUACACAAUCACCAAUGGGCUUCAAGCCUGUUGAUACCAUGACGACCAUUGGUGAGGAGCAGUCUUCGCAUGCUCCCACAGACCACUUCUCGAAUGUCGACUUGAGCAGCACCAACUUCGAUUGGCUUGCCCAGCAGAAUGGCGGCCAGUUUGAUCCACAGCUCUUUGGCGACUACCGUGAGCCUCAGGAUAAUGUUCUGUCGAACCCCUCGUUUGACGACUUCUUCAACGACGCCCUCGACACCGACUUUUUCGUUCCAUACAACAUGGCGCCCACUAGCCCUGGCUCCAAGCUCAACGCUCAGCCCAAGAAGGCACCAAACCUCAUUGACCAGAUUGAUGCCCAGCAGAACUCGAUUGAUGAUGAGCCUCUGAAGAAGCAAAAUAUGAAUUGCAAUCAGCUCUGGGAGAAACUUCAAGCUUGCCCUAAGGCCCAGAACGGCGAGUUUGACCUGGACGGCCUUUGCUCCGAGCUCACCAAGAAGGCCAAGUGCUCCGGUACUGGCCCUGUGGUGGCGGAGACGGACUUUGACACCAUCCUCAAGAAGUACAUGGGCAAGGAUGUGUCGAGCAGCUGCGUCGCCCAAACGCUGGGUGUCGAGAUUGAAGCCGACAAGGCCAAAGCCGACAAGCAUCUCGGUCUGUCGGUGUGA